AUGAUGGGGAAACUCCCCCUGGGGGUUGUCUCCCCUUAUGUGAAGAUGAGUUCAGGGGGCUGCUCAGACCCCCUGAAAUUCUACGCCACCAGCUACUGCACAGCCUAUGGUCGGGAGGAGUUCAAGCCCCGCAUGGGCAGUCACGUAGGCACAGGCUACAAAUCGAAUUACCGGCCCCUGGUCUCCUACCAACCCCACCUGGAUGCCCUGGAUAGCCCAGCCAUGGGGGAACAACUCCGGGACAAUUUCCAGACAGUGACCAGUCAGAGUUACUGCCCCCUGGAGGUGCCUGAUGGCAAGGGCCCACUACCCUGGAAUAUGUACCAGACCAGCUCAGCCUAUGGGCGGGAGAAACCCAACACGGUGCCCCUCACUAAAGAGGUCAGGAAGGUCCAUUUCGACACCCAGGAUCAUGGGCCCCAGACCAUCACGGGGCUGGAACCUAAGGAUGUACCCCUACUCCACCAGCAGCAGGGCAAGGGCUCGCUGGAGUGGGAGAACUCACGCUACGGCCCGCGCUUCAUGACAUCUGAGUAUAUCUAUCUCAAGCAGACUCCCAGCCAGUCAGACCUCUUGCAGAAGAAGUCACUUGGCGCCAAGGAGGAGACCGGCUUCACAGAAGAAUCCACCAAGAACCCCAUUGUCUUCCAGCCACCCUCCCAGGCCCUCCCUGGGGACCCUGUCCUCCACCCAGGCCGGAGUGUCACCAAGUCUGACUUCCUCCCUAUGGGUCACCCUCAUGGAAGUGAGUUCCUCCCUGUGUUGGCCAGAGGCUCCGAACGGGAGACAGGCUACAGCCGAGUGAAUGAAAGGACUUUGAACCCCAGAGUGCCCCCUCCCAGCCCGGAGCCCAGCAGCAUAAGCCACCGGCAGUACCAGUCCCCCCAGCGAGUGCAACAGACAAAUGUUGCCAUGCUUGGCCAGGAGACCGUGGGGAACAAGGAGCCCACAGGGUUCAGUCUUAACAACCCCACCUAUGUCCGGAGCUCCUAUGACCCUGACAGAGAUCAUCGCUACUUGACCACCUACAACCAAGGGUACUUUGAGAACAUCCCCAAGGGUCUGGACAGGGAAGGCUGGACUCGAGGAGGCAUCCAGCCCCAAGUGGCAGGAGCUUAUGCCCUUAACCAGCCAGUCUCCCGCAUGGAGGCCACCCCGAGUCCCUCAGAGAGCCUGAGGCACAUGCACCCCCACGUGGGAAGAACCCUGACCUCAGUUGACCCCUUUUACCGUGACAUACCUUACAGCAGCCGUCACAUGGAAUCCAGCUGA